CCAUUUUCAAGAUCACUUGUUCCGUUCUGUCCCGUGUUUUGAACGAAAGGUUGACCAAUUCUUGUCGAAAUACCGCUGUUUUCUAUCGGACGUAUAAAUUAUAGGGGAAUAUUUAGAAAGAAGGAUAUUGACGAGGCCUGCCAUAUAAUGAAAUGUGCGCAUCGAAUGUGAAAGCACAAAUUGAUUUCUGAUUUACUUCAAGGACUGUUUGUAAGGAGUUUCUCCACUCCAAUUUGAAAAUAGAGACUAGAAUUCUAGAUUUAUGAAAUGUAGCUGUUAGGUUAUUGUGACUUGAUCACGUAUUGAAUCGUAACCAUGGCCUCCAUGAAAGAGAUGUUGAUGUCGUUGGCAACUGAACGCCAGGACAUCGCAACAGAAGUUCCAACUGAAACUACCUCACCAUGUGAGAAGCUGUCGUUUGAUUACCAGAUUGCCACUGCUGUUAUCUGUGCCUUAUCGUUUGUAUUUGGUAUUGUUUUCUGUUUUUUCGGUUACAGAUGUUUUAAAGCAGUGUUAUUUUUAAUUGGUUUUAUCUUUGGUUCUAUUCUUGUCUACGCCAUCUGCAACGAAGAAGGUUUUCUCACCCCGGCAUUAAAUGCUGGCAUUGCCAUGGGAGCUGGUGUACUUUGUGGAAUGAUUACCAUGUUAGUACAGUACGUCGGUCUCUUCAUGACGGGUUUCCACUUAGGACUUUUCCUUGCGUCAGCUAUUCUCAUUGCCUUAGAACAAUUCUGGCACCCGUCGAAUCUCUGGAUUCCAGUUGGAAUACUCUUCGGCACUGGACUUUUAUUCGCCGUUGUGACUUUACAGUGGCAAAAGACAUGUACGAUACUUGCGACCUCGUUAAUCGGGGGUGCCAUGAUCACAACAAGUGUCGACUACUAUAUAGAAAAAUUUGACAUGGUGCAAUAUGUGUGGGAUCGAUUCACGGCCGUGAACUCCUCUCCUGUAUGUUGGUUUAGUUGGAUUAUUUUAGCUGUAUGGCCGCUAUUGUUUUUAUUUGGAGUCAUCAUCCAGUUCAGAAUCACUGGAAAAAAUUACGACCAUCAUGAAGCUCUCUCUUCCAAUUCUCUUUUUAACAUCAUCACAGGCUGUUUACCAUGCACACCAACUAAAAAGGAAACUGUUAAAACAGUUGUUGCUAGCCCAAAGCGCAAAAGAGUUGAACUAGCUAAAAUACGGCAACGUGAAGCUCGUGAAACAAGGCAUCAACGAUAUAGAACUGUGUAUAAAACUAGGAGAUUCAAUGGUGAUGUAGUUUCUCAGGCAUAUUUACAAAGUAUACAGAGCCAGCUUUCUCCAGAGAUGAAAAAGAUAGCAUCCAAGACGCACCUGGCACCCACACCCCCUUCUAUAUCGGAAACUCAACUACAAGUACAGCUAACAGGAUGUACAUCACUGACAGAUACUAAUGCGGCAGCUGUGUAGAUGCACCUCAGUUUAUAUCCAUCAUCCCUAUUUCUGAAAAUGGUUGCACCCAGCCAUCUACAGCAAGCAAGCUCAGUUGGAUUUUGUGACUUGUUGCAUGGGUGGGGUGGGGCUGUUGAAAUAAUUAUAAUGUUUAUUUACAUAUGAGUGUCCCAUGCUGUGAUUAUUUACAGUUUUUAUAAUUUUUUUUUAUUUGACUUAUGUCAUUUUUAGCUCUGCCAUAAUGGUGCAAGAAUAAAAACUUCAUUUUUUUUUUUAAAUGCUCACCUAAUUUUUUUAUAAAGAAACC